AUGUCGUUGCUAAGACCCAGCAGCUGUGUCCAGGGACUUCGUUCCUUCCUGAGACCAUUCAGUAAUACAGCAUUAAGACUCCAGGAAAAUCUCAACAGACCACUCGUUCCCCAGAGGGUCGGAGGCAGACCUCCUCCAGUCAGAAGAAGCUUACCAUAUACCAACUUGAGCAACCCAGAACUCGAAAGAACCAGAGUUGUGCCUCUCUUUAAAACAUACUACGGUGGUAACCCAUACCAUGACGAUGUGAUGAGCAGGUUAAACGCACUUUUGCGUAAGCAUCAUAGACUUCCCACUCGUGUUCUUAGCGAGAAGGAAGCCAAGGAGAGUUUAUUCAUUUCUUUUUCAGAAUACCAAGAAAGAGCCCAGUCCGGUACGAGGAUUAGAGCUGUUCACUACAGAGAGUUUACACAGGCGUUGAACAAGCUCAGAGUUAUAGAAACUGAGCUCAUGCCUCAAGAUGUGAUCCAGACAUUGGAUGAGUUCAGCAGAAAGACCAGUACCGAUAAGGUGGUUGCCCAGAGGUUCGUGAGAACUUUGGAUGAGUUUGGUAGAGCCAACACGGUGGGUAAGAGAAAAGAUGCCGUGGCAAACAUCAGCAUGGUCAGAGGUGAAGGUUUGAUCUUGGUCAAUGGUAAGAAGCUGACUGAGUACUUCACCAGAACUAUCGACACUGGCAAGCUAGUAUACCCCUUCCAGGUGGUGGCUCAAGAAGCCCAAUACAACGUCUUCAUUACGUGUAGCGGAGGAGGUGUUAGCGGUCAGGCUGAAGCUAGCAUGUACGGCAUUGCAAAGGCAUUGCUCGUGUUCAACCCAUUGCUCAAGCCAAGGUUAAGAAAGGCUGGCUUGGUGACCAGAGACAACAGAAUAGUUGAGAGAAAGAAGCCUGGUAAGGUCAAGGCUAGAAAGUCCCCUACCUGGGUCAAGCGUUAA